GGACACGGUGGCAUCGCCGUGACAAUGUCGCCUGACGUACCGCUGUUCAUGCAGGUCCUUUGCGCGUGCCUACGCUUCAUAACCGGAGGCGCCGCGGAAUCUUUUCAAACUGGAUGCGACGAGCUUCGCUACGAUGCCGGCCUGCCGCCAUCCUUCCGUGUGGGCGGUGAUCCCUUCCGGCUUCAUGAGGGCGUCUGCAAUCAGCAGCUUCGUCACAUCGACGAUCAUUUCGGACAGCCACCUGGGAGCACGAUGACGUCAACACGCAUGCCCACAAGGGUCCGCCUGUAUGCUUUAAAUCUGGGACCAUCGCCUACCUGCUUCAGUGGACACGGUGGCAUCGCCGUGACAAUGUCGCCUGACGUACCGCUGUUCAUGCAGGUCCUUUGCGCGUGCCUACGCUUCAUAACCGGAGGCGCCGCGGAAUCUUUUCAAACUGGAUGCGACGAGCUUCGCUACGAUGCCGGCCUGCCGCCAUCCUUCCGUGUGGGCGGUGAUCCCUUCCGGCUUCAUGAGGGCGUCUGCAAUCAGCAGCUUCGUCACAUCGACGAUCAUUUCGGACAGCCACCUGGGAGCACGAUGACGUCAACACGCAUGCCCACAAGGGUCCGCCUGUAUGCUUUAAAUCUGGGACCAUCGCCUACCUGCUUCAGUGGACACGGUGGCAUCGCCGUGACAAUGUCGCCUGACGUACCGCUGUUCAUGCAGGUCCUUUGCGCGUGCCUACGCUUCAUAACCGGAGGCGCCGCGGAAUCUUUUCAAACUGGAUGCGACGAGCUUCGCUACGAUGCCGGCCUGCCGCCAUCCUUCCGUGUGGGCGGUGAUCCCUUCCGGCUUCAUGAGGGCGUCUGCAAUCAGCAGCUUCGUCACAUCGACGAUCAUUUCGGACAGCCACCUGGGAGCACGAUGACGUCAACACGCAUGCCCACAAGGGUCCGCCUGUAUGCUUUAAAUCUGGGACCAUCGCCUACCUGCUUCAGUGGACACGGUGGCAUCGCCGUGACAAUGUCGCCUGACGUACCGCUGUUCAUGCAGGUUGGUGACCGGAAGGAUAGCUUCCGUAGCGAUUUCAUAGCUCUUAUAGUGCUGCCGUGUCCACAAGUUUUGGCUGACUGUGUAUGUGACUGUUUUUCUAUUGUGGGUCUGUUGUUGAGUCUUUCUGGCGAUGUCGAGCUGAAUCCGGGGCCUAUAACGGACGCAGUAUGCAAAGAAAUGCUCCAGAACCAAAAAGAAAUCUUGUCUAAACUAACAGCGGUUCAAGAAAAGCAAAAUUCGUUUGAAACUAAAAUCCUAGACAUGCAAAAUCGGCUUCUUGUUAUUGAGACUAAGGUGCAAAGCUUAGAUGAGACUCGCAACAGGCUCGCAACUCUUGAAACAAUUGUGGCUGAAUGUCGUGACAAAUCAUCUAGUCUGCUUGAUCAGGUGGACGAUUUGGAAAAUCGUUCGAGAAGAAACAACCUUAUCAUAAGGGGAGUAGCAGAAGAUGAGAAUGAAAAAGAAGAAACUCUACUAAAAAAAGUAAACGAUGAAAUCUUUAGCUCUACCCUAAAGGUAAACAUAACGUCUAUUGAGAGAAUUCAUAGGAUAGGAAAAAAAAAUUCUGGCAAAACUCGCCCCGUCAUCCUUAGGCUGGCAGACUAUAGGGAUAAAAUGAAAGUCUUGCAGAGGUGCUCAAGACUGAAGGAUACGGAUUACAGUAUCAGCGAGGACUUCUCGAAAAGAGUACAGGGAAUAAGAAAAAAACUUUGGGACUCUGCAAUCGAAGAAAGAAAGGCAGGAAAGAAGGUAAAACUUGUUUUUGAUAAGCUGAGGGUAAACAAUACUCUUUACUGCUGGAAUGAAGCGCGUGCCGAAAGAUGCAAGCUUGGAAAUGAUGAUGCAACACGUGAUAAGUGACAGGCACAGGGUCAGAAAGAUAAUUUUAAAAUAAUCAACUUAAAUGCCCGAAGUGUAUCAAAUAAAUCACAUAUGCUUGAAGCCUUGGUUAUCGAUCACGAACCUGAUAUUAUUUUAAUUACGGAAACAUGGUUGCACGAAGUUAUACCUGAUACUGAAAUCGCUCCACCCGGUUACUCAAUGGUUCGGAGGGAUCGUGAUGGAAGAGGGGGUGGAGUUGCUCUCUUAGUCAAGAAAGGCGUUAUUUAUAGUUCCCUCGACGCAGCAGAUGGUAUUGAGGCCGUAUGGAUUAAAACAAAACUAAAUAAUCGCACAGUGUUUAUAGGCGGGGUCUACAGACCUCCAAACUCCCCUGUUGAGUACAUUUUGCAACUAAGAAGAUUCAUGGACAGCCACUUUAGAGAAAAGACAAUAUCAUCUUACUAGGUGAUUUCAAUCUUCCGGCUAUUGAUUGGCAUUCGCAUGUGGCCGUCGACUCACAUGAUGCUUCUUGUGACUUAUUUCUCGACUUAAUAUUCUCUUUCAAUUUACAUCAGGUUGUAAAUGAGUUCACUAGAGUAUGUGCAACACGGUCCUCUGUACUUGAUUUAAUUUUAUUAUCCAAUGCUUUGACUUCAUAUGUGAAUGAUUGCCUUGUUGAAGAGGGUUUAUCAGACCACAAGAUGAUUAUACUGUCCAUGAGCAUGUCGUCGCGCACCUCACAGCAGAAAUCGGGCAUCACUUAUCUGAACUUUGAAGCUGCCGAUGAUGUUAGUGUUUUGGAUUUUCUUGAAAGGUCGUUUGGUAACUUCACUGCUAUUUAUGAAUCAAAUGGUAGCUCUGACUCCUUGUGGGAAUAUUUUCAUAAUAUAACAAUGGAAUGCAUUAGGCGGUUUAUUCCUAAGAGUUUUAAAAAGUGUAAAAGAAAUAACCCUUGGAUCACGAGAGAUAUAAUUCAUGUCAAACGGAGGAUUAAAAGGAAGAGAAAAGCUUGUUCUCGUGAUCCAAAU